CGCUUACCAGGGUCUAUCCAACGACAUCUCUUGUAUUGAGCAGAUCAAUGGCAUAAGAGCUAGUAUCUGAAUCCUGUCAUAGUGCGGGAUGGCGUGGAUAGGUGAGUAGGUAGGCAGGUGAGUGCGCUUUCAUAAAUGGAAAGAGUUCCGUGCAUCUGGUGGCUGGGUUUUCUACUCUCUCAAUUAUCUCACUGGAUACUCUUGGUUCAAAUUCGAUCUUUCACUUCCUCUCUUCUAUCGCCACAUUCUCUACAUACCAGGGCUCUUCUUGACUGAUGGUACUUUGUUUUCAUCUCACUACUCCUGUCGAUCUCGAGAAGAACUGGGCGCACAUUCAACUCCAAGCCGCUAUCAUGGUCCGCCAUAAUUUCGAGUAUCCAAAGGAUGCCACGAACACCGUCAACAGGUACAAAUAUCAGGCCGAUUACUCGCUGAAGACAAUUCAUUCAAUCAUCAACUCCUCCCCCAUCCUGCAUGUCUCCUUCACACCCGACCCAUCUGACCCUUUCCCCGUGAUACUCCCCAUGAUUGGUCAAAUGGGAUCAUUUUCUCGUCCCUCAGCAUCAAUAGGUGAUACACUAGACUGCUACAUCCACGGCUACGUCUCCUCUCGAAUCAUGAACCUCGCUCGCUCAUCCACCAGCACCAGUACCAGCACCACCAAAGGCCUCCCAGUCUGCAUCACCGCCUCGAAAGUCACCGGCCUAGUCUUAACACUCACGCCAUACUCCCACAACUACAACUAUCUCUCGUCGACACUUUUCGGGUACGCCUCGCUAGUGGAGACUACAGAGGAGAAACUGUAUGCCAUGCUACUUAUUACGAAUAGUGUUGUGGCGGACAGGUGGGUGAAUUCGAGGGUUCCGCCGACUGGGGCGGAAUUGGAGAGUACUGCUAUUUUGAGAAUCAAGGUGGAGAGGGGGAGUGCGAAGGUCAGAGAAGGAGGACCAGGGAUAGAUGGAGAAAGUCGGGCAGAUCUGAAAGAUAGCGAGACAAUGGGAAGGGUCUGGACGGGUGUUUUACCCGUUUGGGAACAAUUAGGCGAGCCCAUCCCAGGACCCUACAACGAAGUCAAAGAUGUACCCGAACAUGUUAGGUCGUAUAGAGAUGACUUUAACCGUGAGAGGAGGGAGUAUGCUGAGGAGGUGGCGAGGAAGGAUGCUCCUGUUAAGAAGGCGGAGGGGAGUGAUGGAGAAGUUGAGUAAGUGGUGAUGAUGAUGGGGCGGGGAGGAGUGAUGUGAUGUGAUAUGAGGCGGAUGGGGGAGUAAGUGAGUGGUAUAUGUGCUGUGUGAGAGACAGAGGGGGGAUUCUGGGGUUCUGUGGCGUGUCUGCAACUUGUUGAGCUCAUAUUGUUUUCUGGGAGGGCGUCCGGGUCUGUCUUCGCCGAUCAUGGUAUGCUAGAUAACAAC